AUGUCUCCCGCCCUGAUAACAACUUCCUGUGAAGGGCCUUCGGCUCUGUCCAACGCCCGGGGUUCUCACCUGUCCUCCCGCCACGUGCAGUGUGUUCAUAGCAAAGCAUUGAGCUCCGAUGCAGUUCCUUCAGGCAAGAGUGCUCACUAUGAAGGCGGUCGUGGAAGGAGCAUGAUCGACGAGAUCACUGAGAGGAGAGUAAAGGCAGGAAAGCUGGUUGCAGGUAUAGCUGCAGCAUCAGAUAGUGACAUGUUCAAGGGACCGCAAACAGGGAAGCCAAAAGCUAAACGCUGGGAUAACCAUCUUAGCCAAGAGAGCAGGGAAAGGAAACCAUGCACCCUCAAGCAGGCAGCAAAAUUCCUCAAGAAACCAGGACUGAUCUCUCUUGGAGGCGGACUGCCAUCAAGCCAAUUGUUCCCCAUAGCCGAGCUCGGAAUGAAAGUGCCCAAGUCACCCAACUUCUCCGAGCAGGCCACAAUUGAAUCAGGACAGCACAUCUCCAUUGGCAAAUACGAUGUCCGGGACCACGAUAGCGAGUAUGACCUCUCCAUCGCCCUCAACUACGGCCAGUCAACCGGCUCUGCGCAGAUGAUGCGUUUCAUUACAGAACACACCGAGCUGGUCUGCCGCCCUCCCUAUGCCGACUGGAGAGUAUGUCAGACAAUCGGCAGCACAGGUGCCCUAGAACAGGCUAUCCGCAUGUUCUGCGACAAAGACCGCCAGGACUCCAUCCUCACCGAGGAGUUCAGCUUCUCAACCGCACUCGAAACAUUCGCCCCUCUUGGAAUCAACAUGUUCGGCGUCAAGAUUGACGAGCAGGGACUUAUCCCCGAGGCAAUGGAUGAGAUGCUCAGCAACUGGGAUGUCGCCGCCCGGGGCGGUGCCAGGAAACCCCACGUUCUUUACACCGUGCCCUCGGGACAGAACCCAACAGGCGCCACCCAGGGCACCGAGCGGCGCAAGGCCAUCUACCAAGUGGCGCAGAAGCACGACAUCUACAUCCUUGAGGACGAGCCAUAUUACUUCCUCCAGAUGCAGCCCUACACCGGCGCCGACCAGCCUCCCGCCCCCGUCCCAACCAGCGUGGACGAGUUCGUCUCGUCCCUGAUCCCUUCGCUGGUGAGCAUCGACAUCGACGGCCGCGUCAUGCGCCUGGACUCCUUCUCCAAGGUCCUCAUCCCGGGCUCGCGGAUGGGCUGGGUUGUGGCAUCGGAGCAGAUCAUCGAGCGCUACCAGCGCCACGCUGAGGUGGCCAGCCAGGGCCCCAGCGGCCUGUCGCAGGUGGUCCUCUGGAAGCUCCUGGACGACACCUGGGGCCACGAGGGCUACUUCCAGUGGCUGAUCAACCUCCGUGAGGAGUACACCCACAAGAGAGACAAGAUGCUGGCGGCGUGCGAGGAGCACCUCCCACAGAGUCUGGUGAGCUGGACGCCACCCGUUGCUGGCAUGUUUAUGUGGCUUACCGUCGACCACACCCAACACCCCUCUGGCGAUGGAACCGACCUGAUCAAAAUCGAGGAGGACAUCUUCAACUCGUGCAUCGAGAACGGCGUAUUGGUGGCCAGAGGCUCCUGGUUCCUCACUGAGAAGGACAAGGCCCUGCAGGGGCUGUAUUUCCGCGUGACGUUCGCUUCCGCGAGCGGGGAGCAGAUGAGCGAGGCGAUCAGCCGGUUUGGCGAGGCUGUGAAGAAGAGCUUCGGUGUCAACUAG